UGCUCGAUGUAUCAAGACACCCGACCCGCAACAUUUGCGAGUGUCAGUCCAUUUUUGUAAACGUGGCGCUUCAGUCGUCAGUGCUUGGAACUGUGCUCGUGUGCUACAACGACCACGUCAGAGACGACAACGACAUCGACGGCGGCUGCGGCAACGAGAGACAUCAAGUUCAAAAUCAGCGCCUGACAAUGAGAAGCACAUGCACAGCCAUAGUUGGGCGCCUACUGGUAACAUCAGCAAAAGGCACAAAAACAACAACGUCAACAACAUUAACAACAACAGGCCUGCCAGCAACUGCAACAACUACAGCUACAACAAUCAAUGAGCACUGCACAGUAUGGCAGCGGCGAUAUCGCCGCUCAACAUUAGCAUCAACGUCUGCGCCGACGUCGGUUUCGGGGCCAUUGUUGCUUCCGCCGUUGGCUAUGACGAGUGCGACGACAUGGCUGCUCCUCGCAUUUUGUCUGCUCAGUUGCUUUUGCUGUUUUACAGCUGCCUUGGAAGAGGACUGCGUUGACUUUCAGGGAAAUAAAGUGAACCAUGGAAUGCUCUAUGUGCCCGGACCAGGCGUUUGUAGCUUAUGCGUUUGCUAUCAUUCCGAGCCACUCUGGUGCAAGGCAAUAUACUGUGAUCCGCCAUAUUUCUGCAAAAAUUUCAGGGUUGGCGAACGCUGCUGCGAGUUUGAGUGUCUCGAUCCACCUGGCGAGGAUAAACUUUAUCAAGAGCGUAUGCGGAAACGCGCUGAAAUUUUGGCUGGAAAUAGCACGGCCUCUUAUGUGAAACUGACCCCGCUGGCCAUGUCCACAAUAAUGCUUACUUUUCUUGGUAACAGCAUUUUCACUUUAUAACUUAAAGACACAUAGUAGCGAAGAGGACGAGAAGCUGCAGCAGCAAGAAGAACAAUUCAUAAUACAUAGUCUUACUCUAAGAGCGCACUUUGAAAACUUUUUCAGCAUGCCAAUAGAGAAUUCCUAUAUGGAAGUUAAAAAUUUUCAAAGAAAAUUUAAAGAAAAAAAACAAAAACUAAACCAAUCAAUUACAUAUUUUCUUGCCCCGUUUUGUUUGUGUUUCUUUCUAACCGAAAUCUGUCUUAACUUAUUACAAUGUAAUAAUUAUAAUUAACAAAUACAUAUAUUUAGGUAAGAGCAUAAAAAGCUACAUAAAAAUGCGUACUACUGAACAAUACGUAGGUUUUCAAAUUUUACCCCUAGACUUGUGUAGGUAUAAUUAAAAAAUAAUUCAAAAAGCAGCAAUUGUAAACCUUUUACUUACACUAUCCCGUUCAGUUAUUUAGAAUAACAAAUCAAACUGCAAAAUUUUUUAACAUUUUAAUGUGAUCGAAAUCAGAAAAGGCAUAUACUAAGUACUUAUAUGUAAGUACAUACUUGUACAUACAUACAUAAUACUGUGUAUACACUUACCACAUAAGUAAACCAAAAUUAUGAAGCGAACGCAAGGGACAGUCUCUUACAUUUAAGUCCAAUUAGAAACAUAAACGAGUAUGUAUAUAUGUAUGUAUAUGUACAUGUAUAUAUGGUAUAUAGUAUAUAUAUAAAUAUAUACUAUAUAUAUACCAUACAUAUAAAAUCAAAAACUUGUUGAUUAGUGAUUAGUUACUCGUAAAUAAACGGAUUGAACAUUCGCGAAUGUGCACCAAGUCCACAUUAGUCCAUGGGUUUACAGUCAGGCAUGACUAUAUAAGAUUAUUUCUUUGUGUAAACAUGUUGCUAGUCUUAGGUGAGGUUGAUUUUGAAUGCCCACACUUGAACAGCAUAUAGUAUAUUAGGUUCUGUUAAUUUGGAAAGCGAUCUAAAAAAACAAAACACAGAGAGCUUGAUCAAUUGUUUUUAUUUGGAAAUCCUGCUUAAAUGCGUAAAUGUGAUAGCGAACGAUUGUAGGACUUAGCAGCAGCCCCCCUUGCCAUUUCAAUAUUGAUUUUCGAAACCACGCCGCAUUCGAAGCUUGCCAUCUCAUGCAGAACCGAUUGUCUUUCGAAUCAAUAUGUUUUUAAAUUGGCCUAUGUACAUUGUCUUUGUUAUUAUCAACAAGUAUGAUUAUGAUUAGAAUCUGCGUUCGACAUAAUUUUGAUAUCAUAAACUGUAGAAAAUUAUACAUACAUACAUAUCUUGACAACAUUUUAAUAUUGUUACUUAUAGCUUAUAAUAUAUAUGUAUUUUAAUAUUUUCAUAUGUAUUGGCAAUCAUACAUAUUAUAUAAAUAAACGUGCAUACCUGGCAUCCGAAUAAUGAUAAA